AUGGCAUUCAAGUUCGUCGCUAUCUUUGCCCUGCUCUCAGUAGCCAGUGCUGGCAUCGUCCCAGCUGCUCAAGUUUACCAUGCUGCUCCCGCUGCUGUGGUCAAGACCGUAGCUCCGGUGCAUGUUGCUGCCCAGCCCGUGUAUACCAAGGCUGCUGAAGAAUACGAUCCCCAUCCUCAAUACAAAUACGGUUAUGAUGUUCAAGAUUCCAUCUCUGGUGACUCCAAGAGCCAAGUUGAAGAACGUGAUGGUGAUGUAGUGCGUGGUGAAUACUCUUUGAUCGAUGCUGAUGGUUUCAAACGUACUGUCCAAUAUACCGCUGAUCCCAUCAAUGGUUUUAACGCUGUUGUCCACCGUGAACCUUUGGUUGCCAAGACUAUCGUCAAGACCGUUGCUCCAGUUGCCACCUAUGCCGCCCCCGCUACUGUAGUCAAGUCUGUGGCCCCAGUUGCUCACUAUGCUGCCCCAGCCUACAGCACAUACUCUGCCCCAGCUGUUGUUAAAUCUGUUGCUCCAGCUUACACCAGCUACUCAGCUCCCGCUGUUGUCAAAUCUGUUGCCCCAGCUUAUGCCACCUAUGCUGCCCCAGCCACUUAUGUUGCCCAUCAUUAAAAGCCAAAUUCGUAAAUAUAUAUUAUACAUGUUCGAUACGUAUUAGAUUUGUAAAAGUUGUUGUUGAUUUAAUAAAUUAUUUGAUGUUUUAAAAUUAAA